AGAGUAGCAAAGACAAUGAAGAAGGGAUUUCAAAGAGUUGAGUCCUCUGGAGUAAAUCUCUCAAUCUCAUCAGAACGUGAGUUGGACAAACUCCUUACAUGUCCACAGCAACAACAGAGACGCUGUACUGAGAGGUUCAGAGAGAGGACAAAGAAGAUAAAAGCUUAACAACAACAGAUGUGCAAAUUACUUAUGGAUGGAGAUCUUGUUUGCUAUCUUGCUCCAACAAGGCAGUUGUCACAGUCUUUACUUCAACUGGGAUUACACAUUCUGAAGUGAAGCCAAGCUCUUUAGUUGUAUUUGCUCCGUGUGGAUGAAGAUCAUGACGAACUCUCCAUCUUUACACCUGUUCACUUUUCCUGUUUCCACUGUGCUUUAUUCACUCUUUUUCCUCAUUUGCACUGUAUCUGCUAAGUCAGGCUCUGACUUUGACUAUGGAGCACACCCACGCUUUGUGUGCACCCCGAUUCCAGUGGACGCAGACCCUGCCUGCGUCCCAACUGCUGGGCCAAAUGUAAGGGCAGCAGGGCCAAGCAAAGGGGCAACAGGGCCCAGUGGACCAGGGUAUCAAAGUGCACCCCCUGCUGGCUGGUGGGGGGUGAGCGAAGAGGCCAAAGCCACCAUCCUGAACCUCAGGGAGAGCCUCGUCCAACAGAAAGAGACCAUCCUGGACCAGAGGGAGACCAUCAGAGAGCUCACAGCCAAGCUCACACUGUGCGAGGGCUUUGGACGAGGGGCGGCACCGCAUGAUGACCACCACGGCACUGACUCGCACUCCCAUCACUCAGGAGUGGGCAGUCAUCAUACAUACGGUGAUAAUGGGCACUAUAGCAACCAUCAGGGUCACCAUGGAAACAGCAACCUCAUACCGGACUCAUCGCACUACCCCUCUACAGGAGGGCACCGAUCUGAUGGAGGGCAAAGCAGCAACAACCAGGGGAAGGAUAAACAUGUGACACCAGGGGACAUAACAUCAUCACCAGAGCAGAUGGAGAGGAUGCUGCAGGCGCUGAAGGAGCGACUGGAGAACCUGCAGAAGAGAAACACGUCCAUUGCCUACUCCAGCUCUCUGAAGGAGCUCCUGCAGAGGAAGAUCAACACUCUGGAGGAGCAGCUGCACCACAGUACAGCCGCCCUCAGCAGUCCAGACCAUCACCAUGACGACAGCAAUCACCAUGACGAUGGAGAUCAUCACAAUGAUCAUCAUGAUGACCAUAAGGAUGACCACGAUGAUGAACAUCACGACAGUCACAGUGACAGUGGAAACCACACAGACCAUCACAAUGAUAGCCACAACGAUGACCAUCAUGAUACAGAUGGCGACCAUGACCAUAAUGACCAUGAUGACCAUAAUGACCACGAUGACCAUAAUGACCACGAUGACGCCCACCAUGAUGACCACCACAGUAAUGAAGCAGACAGUCACAGUUACGUUCCACACCCUGGAUACCGAACCCCAGGGCCUCGGACGGGUUUCAACUCAAAUAAACUGGAAACGAUUCUCAACCAGCUGCAUCUUGCAGGUUCUGGCAAGAAGCAAAACUCGAGUCCUGAUGCCUUCCAGAUAAGCUUCCCCAUGAGGACCAACUACAUGUAUGGACGAUUUAAGAGGACUCUGCUUCAGGAGAUCUUCGCUCUGACCCUAUGCAUGUGGAUGAAAUCCGGCACAGGGCAGGCUCUGGGGACUCCAUUUUCUUACUCUGCACCAGGACAGGCCAAUGAGUUAGUGCUCAUUGAGUGGGGGAACAAUCCUAUAGAGCUCCUUAUUGAUGACAAGGCGGUGUCUCUGCCCCUGUCUCUGAAUGAUGGGAAGUGGCAUCAUGUGUGUGUGACCUGGACCACACGGGACGGGCAGUGGGAGGCCUACCAGGACGGGGUCCAGAGGGGGUCUGGGAUAAACCUGUCCCCCUGGCACCCCAUCAAACCUGGAGGAGUUUUCAUCCUAGGACAGGAACAGGACACAAUGGGAGGCCGUUUCGAGGCUGCUCAGUCAUUUGUGGGUGAGAUGGCAGACCUGCACAUGUGGUCCCAUGUCCUGAGCUCCAGUGACAUCUACAGCCUGGCGUCGUGUGGCAGCCACCUCAGAGGGGACGUUAUCUCCUGGUCUGAGGCUGAGGUGGACUUCCAUGGAGGCGUCACCAGAUACCCUUUUGACCCCUGUCACUAAAGGCUGUAAUGGCACUGAAGAACUCGAAGAACAUACUGGAAUAUGUUGAGAAAACUGACAGUGUAUGACAGUAUUACAGACACUGAAGGAGGUUAAAUAUAACUCGAUGAUUGAAUGAUUCAGUGGCAACAACUACUACAAACUCCAAAUUAAUGCCUUCCUUUAAUUUUUCUAAAAAAAAAUUAAAUAACAUAAUAAAAAGCAAAUAUGCUAACAAAUCUGUAUGUACAGAUAUUGUGUAGAUUUAGUGGUCCUGGUCCUUAGUGAAAGGCCUUUAUUAGUGUUUGAUUUUAAACAGGCUGUGCUGUAUGUGACAUAUUGUCAUGUUGUUCAUAAGACUAAACCUUGUUUGGGUUUCCGUUGUGACUGUUUGUUAGUUGUUAGGAUGAUACUCAUAGAAAUGUCCUGACAAGGAAUUUUGUACUCUGGAUACUCUUUUUAAAAAAAGGUUUCCACCAAAAUACAGCUAAUUUACCAAAGAAACUGUAGGAUUAUGUCGGUACAUUUUUGUAAUUUUAAUAAAUUAUAGAUCGUUUUAUUCUGGAAAAAAUAUUGAAAAGCCUGAAUUAAGAGUCAAAUGGUAUUACAGAUUUUAUAUAGAAUAAUUUUGUAUUUGCAAAAAAUAGAGGUUAGUUCACUUUAACUACUUAAAAAUAUAUUAGUCUUGUUUUUUUUUAAGUCAGGUCUUUUGUGUAAUAGUCUAUUCACUGUGGCUUUAUUAAAUGUCUAAAAUGCUCUGGCCUUGACUGUAUAUUUCUGUGCUGUAUAUAGACCAUUUUAGCCAGUUUACAAAGUUGACAUUGUGUUUUUGAAAUGAAUGAUGAUGUAAAUAAACUUUUAAGAUUCA